GGAGCUGUCCGUGCAGCCGCCGCGCCAGCCAGCAGGGAAGAUGUCAGACUCGGAGGGGUGCCAGGAGGGUGCGGAAGCUGUGAGCCAAGUGGGAGAUGAAUCCCCUGGGGAGAGCGAGAGGCUGACAGCACAGUGGAGCGUGGAAGAUGAGGAGGAGGCAGCGAGAGAGCGGCGGCGGCGGGAGCGGGAGAAACAGCUGAGAUCCCAGGCAGAAGAGGGCUUGAAUGGCACCGUCUCCUGCUCGGAGAGUGCAGGUCCAGCGCAGGAAAACCACUAUGACUUUAAGCCAUCUGGGACUUCGGAGCUGGAGGAAGAUGAGGGGUUCAGUGACUGGUCCCAGAAGCUUGAGCAGCGCAAACAGAGGUCUCCACGACCGUCUUACGAAGAAGAGGACGGUGGUGUGAUGGAAGCAGAAAGCAAACUGGAGCAGAUUCAGCUGGAUCGGGAAAGCCCGGAGGAGAUCCGGGAGGAGAAUGUGGUUAUUGGAGAGGAAGAAAGGUUGUGUCAGGAGGAAGAACAGGCCCAAGAGCAGGAGGAAGUGAAGCAAGCCAAGAAAGAGGAAAAGAAGAGAAGAAGAAAUGAGGAAGAAGAAACACCAGAGGAAUGCCAGAAGGCCCCAAGCCUUACCAGCCUGGAAGAGGAGGAGCUGUGCUCUGACCACACUGCAGUGUGCUCCACAAAGAUCACGGACAGAACUGAGUCGCUGAACCGCUCAAUACAGAAAAGUAACAGCAUAAAGAAGACUCAACCUCCCCUCCCUGUGUCCAAGAUUGAUGACAGGCUGGAGCAGUACACACAAGCUAUUGAGACAUCUGCAAAGGCUCCAAAACCUGUCCGGCAGCCCUCUCUUGAUCUUCCUACCACGAGCAUGAUGGUAGCCAGCACAAAAAGCCUCUGGGAGUCUGGGGAGGUCACGUCGCAGUCUGCUGCGAAGCCCUCUCCUUGUAAGGAUAUCGUGGCUGGAGACAUCGUGAGUAAAAGAAGUCUUUGGGAACAGAAGGGCAACCCCAAACCUGAGAGCAACAUCAAGUCUGUUCCUUCUGGCAAAAAGUAUAAAUUUGUUGCAACAGGCCAUGGCCAGUACAAGAAGGUGUUGAUAGAUGACACUGCAGAGCAAUAGUGUGCCUGGAGAACUCAUUAACCAGCUGAGCUUGGUCCUGGCUCGAUGCAACCCUCAAUGCCACUAUUUCCUCUGCUCCACAGAAGAUAAUUGAAGGAUAUUUCUCUUCUGGCUAAUGUCAGUCCGCUUUGGUACAGCCUGACUCCUCUCGGGGUGUGAGCAAUACCCCACAUUGCCUUCAGAUGGAUGAAAGGAACUAUAUCAGCUGGCAAACCCUAUCCCUGUUUUAACCUUCUGUGUGAUUCUUUGGCCUUUUUUUUUUUUUUUUUUUUUUUAAUCUGUCUCUGCUAUGGAGAUGGGAGGCUGUGGCUCUGUUUCCUCUCUUAAGUGUUGGAAGAGAGCGAUCUGCUGCCCUGCUGAGCAGGCAAGGCUUUUGCUAUGUGAUAAUGAAUUUCUGCUUUUGUGGCCCUUGGUGGCUGAGUGGUGGCAGAGAGAGAGCUCAACAGCAACCUGGUAAAAGAACUGGUGUUUGAAAGGAGGGCAAUGGGCAGAUUUUGAGAAGACUGCAGAGAGAGUGUAAGGAGAGUGCAAGGACCACUUGUCACCCUAUUGAUGCCAGUUGUGGGUAAAGUCUUCCCCUGUUUACAAUGCAGCCUCUGUUCCUCUACAACAUCUGUUUUGAGGGACUUCUGUCUGUUGGUUUCUCUGUGUACAUCAAAUCACUUUCAACUUAGUCCUGUUUUUUUUGUUUAAUUCCCAGAUCAUCCUUUAAUCACAGUUCCAUACCCAUGCCAAAAUGUUCCUGCCACUUUCCUGUCUCAACAGUGGCAACAGCAGCUUUGUUUCAAAUAGCUGCUACCUAUCUAAGAUGGGUUGGAGGUCUCCUUUCCCAGGUGUGAGGAGUGUUGACCCCUGGUAUUAUCUCCCUUCUCUGGGAA